UGCUUGGUCUAAGGGCUGCUCACUUUCGAAGGAUUGGAGAGGACCAAAAUCAAGUUUCGUUUGAUAGUAUAAGAACGGUGAUUUGGUAUUCGCCGACUAUGAUUUCUCCAUCAAAUUUGUUGGUUUGAUGUUGUUUCAACCUUCUAUGAUUAAAUAAAUCUCAAAAGCUUUUGAGUUUUUAACUUCACAAGUACAAGUAGAAAGAAAAGCUCUUGACUUAAAGAGGAAGAGAAAAAAAAAUGUUUUGUAUUUAAAGAAGGUACAGUAUAGUGGAAUGACUUGAAGUAUUGGGCUGCACAUGAUCCAACGCUGAGGAUUUUACAAUUAUAAUUCAAAAGCAUAUAUCUUGGUCAUACCGGUUAACUACUGAAGCGGUCAAAAAUAAAACACACGAAAACGUAUCUUGUCCAAACGACACGCAGAUUAAUUACUGUUUAAACACAUUAAGCCACGUACAAUAGCCGGUCACCAAUUCAAGGCAUUUAUUUAGCAGGCAUCCAUGUUUCAUUCCUCACUCUCUCUCUUUUUCUCUAACCAUAAAAUCUCUUUGAUCUCUUUCUCUGUGUUUUGAUAAUGGAAAAUGUUGGUGUUGGGAUGCCGUUUUACGAUUUAGGGCAAACAAGGGUUUACCCACUCUUGUCUGAUUUCCACGAUUUAUCGGCGGAGAGGUAUCCGGUAGGGUUCAUGGAUUUACUGGGUGUUCAUCGUCAUACACCCACCCAUACGCCGUUGAUGCAUUUUCCGACCACACCUAACUCGUCCUCGAGCGAAGCUGUGAAUGGAGAUGACGAAGAAGAAGAAGAUGGAGAAGAACAGCAGCAUAAGACAAAGAAGCGGUUUAAAUUCACUAAAAUGAGUAGAAAGCAGACGAAGAAGAAGGUGCCAAAAGUGUCAUUCAUCACGAGGAGUGAGGUUCUUCAUCUAGAUGAUGGUUAUAAGUGGAGAAAAUACGGUCAAAAACCUGUCAAAGACAGCCCUUUUCCAAGAAAUUAUUACCGUUGCACAACAACUUGGUGUGACGUGAAGAAGAGAGUAGAGAGAUCAUUCAGUGAUCCAAGCAGUGUAAUCACCACUUACGAAGGUCAACAUACUCAUCCUCGUCCACUACUCAUCAUGCCCAAAGAAGGCAGCUCUCCAUCCAAUGGCUCAGCUUCUAGGGCCCACAUUGGCCUCCCUACACUCCCUCCUCAGCUUUUAGAUUACAACAACCAACAACAACAAGCGCCGUCUUCUUUUGGAACCGAGUACAUUAACAGGCAAGAAAAAGGAAUUAAUCAUGAUGAUGAUGACGAUCAUGUUGUGAAGAAGAGUCGAACUCGGGAUCUGCUGGAUGGAGCUGGUUUAGUCAAAGAUCAUGGCCUUCUUCAGGAUGUUGUUCCCUCUCAUAUCAUUAAGGAAGAGUAUUAGUUAAUCGCAUAAUUAUGUAGCUAGCUAGCUAGGUUUAUUUUUUCUAAUUGUCAGGAUCCUUACCUCUCAUAUCAUUAAGGGUGAUGAUGUUCAAGAUGACACAUGUAUUUGAUUUUUGAUGGGUAUUUUUUCUAACGAG